AUGGAGCCCAUCCCAGACGCCUCGCCGCCUCGAGUUCCCCUUCGUUAUCCGAGUCUUGCUCAGGAUGCAGACCAGAUAGACGAAAAGGCUCCUCCCACAGCCAACUACGCGCCAGAUCAUCGUAAAAAGCGCCCACCGACUCUCUCUCCAUCUCCAGCACACUGGUCUCCGUACUAUUCUCCCGAUUCUUCUCGUCCAUACCCUUCUUCGUCGCGCUACUCGCCUCAUACUCCCCACAUUCGCUUCAAUCCACAACCCCGUUUCCGCAGCAGUACUCGCCCUUCAUGGCUCUCCAUACUGAGGCCCUGGUUGCCCCUCAUCAUGUAUGCUAUCACCAGUCUCGCCUUUGUUGUCGCCGUAGCCAUGUAUCGGACAGAGCUCUUCACAUAUCUUGACGAAUUGUCUCUCUGGUUACGCGCCGACGAGCAGUAUGGUCAUGCUGUCCUUUUCUUUUUGAUUUUCCUUACUACAAUCCCUCCCAUACCUCUGUAUUCUACUCUCAUCGUCUUAUCUGGUUACACUUUUGGCCCAUGGACCGGCGCUAUCAUCUCUUAUUUUGCCGCUCUUUCGGGCGCCCUCAUUGUAUUUAUCGUUUCUCGUCUACUUUUCCGCGAAUCUAUCGAACGCUGGCUUGCUUCCUGCACGACCAUCAAACGGGUCGUGCGUGCAAUCGAAAAGCGCCCGAAAUUGCUUUUCCUAAUUCGGCUUGCCCCCUACCCCUACAAUGUCAUGAACUGCUUGCUCGCAGCGUCUCCCACCCUCACUCUUCAUACCUACACCGUCUGCACUGCCUUGUCUUUAUUCAAGGUCAUCAUACAUACCAGCGUCGGCGCAUCGAUACAUUCCUUCCGAGAUUAUCACAACAGCAAUGAUGCUUCCCCUUCUGAUGACGACGAAAGUGGGACCGAUAUGAUGGCUCGCUUAUGGACAAUUCUGGGCAUUCUUCUCUGCGUGCUGAUCCUAGUCUAUCUUUCCGUCGUUGCUCGCCGGGCCGUCGAUGAAGAAUUGGACGACGGACCCAUCACAGCUCAUGAUGCGGAAGAAACGAGAGGAUUCCUCUCUGGUGCAGACAGCGACCCCGAAUCAGGCAUGCACGACCGCCCCAUGUCGGAAAUACCGUUCCGGGGCGAUAGAUAA